AUGUGGAGACGAACAUACCUCUUUCUGGUCGUUUUACGCCUCUACCUGGCUUUGUCCCCCAGCUACAUCCACCCGGAUGAGCAUUUCCAAGGACCAGAGGUCAUCGCAGGUCGCGUUUUUGGAUAUGCUUCCCACUUGACCUGGGAAUUCACUUCGGACAGCCCAAUCCGUAGUGUGUUCCCUCUUCAGAUCUUCUAUGGCCUGCCCUUGACUCUGCUGAAAUGGAUCUGUGACGGCAUCGGUUAUCAUCACAUCUCACCUGCAACUGUGUACUACACUUUGCGUGCCUUGAUGUUUGUCUUGAGCUUCGUGCUUGAGGACUGGGCUCUUGAUGAACUCGUCCAUGUUCCCAAGGAACGUCGUGUGGCCCAAAUGCUGGUCGCUUCGUCCUAUGUUACAUGGACCUUUCAAAACCAUACCUUCUCAAACUCGGUCGAGACCUUGAUUGUGCUGUGGUGCUUGGUCUUGAUCAAUCGUAUCAAGGAGGACAAAUCACAUACCCGUGUUCUGCCUUCUGCUCUCCUUGCCUUCUUGUGUGUAUUAGGCACUUUCAAUCGCAUCACCUUCCCACCUUUUGUUUUGAUACCCCUUCUGCAGUUGAUCCCGCAUUUCCGUCACAGGCCUCUUUCACUUCUGGUAAUGAUUGUAACGGCAGCAGCAACACUACUGGUUGCUGUUGUUACUGACACUGAGUGGUUCCUCCAACAACGAGUACACUUGUCACAGUUACGCGAAAUCGCCAUCAUCACGCCUCUCAACAACUUCCUCUACAACAUGGACAGCAGCAAUCUUGCCAAACACGGUCUGCACCCAUACUAUCAGCAUGUAGUUGCCAAUUUGCCACAAUUGCUUGGACCUGCACUUCCCCUGGUUUUCUUCUCAUGUCGAAUGGGAAUACCGAUGUACUCUGCAGGAUUCGGUAUCUUGGCUCUGUCGUGUCUCAAACAUCAAGAAGCACGUUUUUUGUUACCAGCAGUCCCUCUGGUUCUAUCCAGCAUCAGUGUGCCACGGCGUAUGCGAAACGUCUGGAUCACUGUUUGGAUAAUCUUUAAUGUUUGUCUAGGCCUAUUGAUGGGCGUUUUCCAUCAAGGUGGCGUAGUGCCAGCGCAGCUCUGGGUUGGCAAACAACAGGGAAUCCAGCAAGCCUUUUGGUGGAAGACGUACAGUCCACCAACCUACCUUCUUGGUGAAAACCAUCAAGGUCUGAACACCAGAGAUCUCAUGGGCAUGCGUGGCGACAAGCUCAUAGAAGAGCUAGAGUCCAAGGUUGAGUGCGAUGCCGAAUCCGCAACGCUCUUACUGGCACCGCUCAGUGCGACAUUCCUUGAUGCGUAUAUUACACAAAACAGCACAUCUUUGGAAAGCUCUGAGAUCGCACUCGAAGAAGUUUGGCGUUAUAGAAACCACCUCAACCUUGAUGACAUGGACUUUGGCGACGAUGGUGUUUGGCCGACUCUGAAGCGCAUGGUCGGAAGAAGAGGGAUCGGUGCAUGGAAAGUGACAAAGAAAUGUUGA